CAAAUGGCCUAGGCACAUUCUCCUUCCUCCACAGGCCAAAUGCACUGCAAUGUUUUGGACUUGGCCGCGAGAAGGUAGCCGAGUCUGAGCCUCUUUCCCUGAGAGCCUGCGGGAUCUCGUCACGAUCCAUUUUAAGGAGAAACGAUGGCCCACUUUCUGUGGCCGGAGCCGCUGUCAAGCGCGCAGCUCAAGCGGCUGGAGGAGCACAAGUACAGCGCCUCGGGUCGCUCCUUGGUGGAGCCGCCGUGUCAGAUCUAUUGGAACUGGCUCGUCCAGCAAAUUCCGACGUGGGUGGCCCCGAACACGCUCACUAUCGUGGGCCUGUUGGUCAACAUUGUCUCCACGCUCCUGCUCGUGCUUUAUUGCCCCACGGCCACGGAGGAGGCUCCAGCAUGGGCUUUCAUCCUGAGUGCGCUGGGUCUCUUCGUGUACCAGUCUCUGGACGCCAUCGACGGCAAGCAGGCCCGCAGGACCAACAGCAGCUCGGCCCUCGGCGAGCUCUUUGACCACGGCUGCGACGCCGUCUCCACAGUGUUUGUCGCCGUGGGCACGUGCAUCUCCUGCGGCGUCGGCCGAUACCCCCACUGGAUAUUCUUCUGCGGCUUCAUCGGGAUGUUCAUGUUCUUCUGCGCCCACUGGCAGACCUAUGUGUCAGGAACUCUUCGCUUUGGCCUGGUGGAUGUCACCGAGGUGCAGUUUGCCAUCAUCGCCAUGUACCUGAUGUCCGCCUUUGGUGGGGUGAGCCUUUGGCAAACCACGCUGCCCCUCAUUGGACUGCAACUCUACAUCUUCCCCAUCAUGGGCAUCAUCGGCGGGGCCCUCUACUCCUGCCACAACUACUUCCACGUCAUUCUCAAUGGCGGCGUGGGUAAAAAUGGCUCCACUGUGGCGGACACCAGCGUGCUGAGUCCCGGCUUGCACAUCGGCCUCAUCCUCACGCUGGCCUUCAUCAUCUUCAAGAAGUCAUCCAGUCAGCUAUUUGAGCACCACCCCUGCCUUUACCUUCUCGCCUUCGGCAUGGUCAUCGCCAAGAUCUCCAACAAGCUUGUGGUGGCGCACAUGACCAAGAGUGAGCUCCACCUGCCGGACACGGCCUUCAUCGGCCCGGGCCUCCUCUUCCUCAACCAAUACUUCAACAGCUUCGUCGACGAGUACGUCGUCCUCUGGAUCGCCACGGUGCUCUCCCUGGUGGACCUGACGCGCUACUGCACGGGGGUGUGCCACCAGAUCGCCGGCCACUUGCGCAUCCGCGUCUUCAGCAUCACGCCGCCCGGCCCCGCCCACCGCGACUGACGGCUUGCCCGGCGGGAGGAGGCGGAGGGCGACGCGGACCGCUCCCCGCUCCUGAAAGCAGACGACGAUGACAUCGAGAAGAGACCCCGCACCUCAAGCCUUGACCGAGUGAUCACCUCUGCCUAAAACAAAAAAAAAAAGAAAUCAAAUAAAAAUUUGCCCAAAGUUAAAAAGAAAUGCUCAAAAACAAACAUCUGAAAUACCAAAGUUUUUUUUUUUUUUUUUAAAACAUUAUUUUUUUUUAAAUCGGUCAAUACAAUGAUUGUGACUAAAUGCGAUCAAUCGGGGUGGAUUCAAUGAGGAU